AUGUCAUUACCAUUAGAGUACGAAGUUACUUUACCAGACGGUCAAAAAUUCAUACAACCAUCAGGGUUAUUUAUUAAUAAUGAAUUCAUUAAAUCAAUUGCAGGUAAAACAAUUGAAUCAAUAAAUCCUUCAACUGGUGAAGUUAAUGGAUCAGUUUAUGCAGCUGAAAAAGAAGAUGUUGAUGUUGCAGUAAAAGCAGCAAAAGAUGCUUUUAAAAAAUGGAAAAAAGUUACAGGUGUUAAAAGAGGUAUAUUAUUAAAUAAAAUUGCAGACAAAUUACAAGAACAAAGAGAUUUAUUUGGAUCAAUUGAAGCUUGGGAUUCAGGGAAAAAUAAAAAUACAAAUGCUGUAUUUGAUAUUGAUAUUUGUAUUUCUGUUUUUAGAUAUUAUGCUGGUUGGGCUGAUAAAGUAACUGGUAAAGUUAUUCAAAAUGAUCCAAAAAAAUUAGCUUAUACUAUUCAUGAACCCUUGGGUGUUGUUGGACAAAUUGUUCCAUGGAAUUAUCCAUUAGCUAUGGCAUCAUGGAAAUUAGCUCCAGCUUUAGCUGCUGGUAAUGUUAUAAUUUUAAAAACUUCAGAAAUUACUCCAUUAUCUUUAUUAAAUGUUGCAAGAUUAUUUAAAGAAGUUGGUUUCCCACCAGGUGUUGUAAAUAUUAUUUCAGGUUAUGGUGCUACUGCAGGAACUGCAUUAUGUGUUCAUCCAAAUAUUUCAAAAAUUGCAUUUACUGGUUCAACUGCAACUGGUAAAUUAAUUUCAAAAGCUGCAGCUGAUACUAUGAAAGCUGUUACAUUAGAAUUAGGUGGUAAAUCACCAUUAAUUAUAAGAGCUGAUGCUGAUUUAGAUCAAGCUGUUAAAUGGGCUGCUUUAGGUAUAAUGUCAAACCAAGGACAAAUUUGUUGUGCAACUUCUAGAAUUUAUGUUCAAGAAUCAAUAUAUGAAAAAUUUUUAGAAGCUUAUGCUACUCAUGUUAAAUCUAAAUAUAAACAAGGUACUGUAUUUGAAGGUAAUGGAGUUAUUGUUGGUCCUCAAGUUUCUAAAUUACAACGUGAUAAAGUUUUAAAUUAUAUUGAUAUUGGUAAAAAAGAAGGUGCAAGAGUUAUAUUAGGUGGUGAAGCUAAUAAUGAUGGCGAAUUAUCAAAAGGAUUCUUUAUUAAACCAACUAUUUUUGCUGAUGUUAAACCAGAUAUGACAAUUGUAAAAGAAGAAAUUUUUGGACCAGUUGUAUCAGUUGGUAAAUAUUCAACUGAUGAAGAAGCUUUAGAAUUAGCAAAUAAUACCACUUAUGGUUUAGGUGCUGCAAUUUUUACAAAAGAUAUAACAGUUGCUCAUACAAUGGCUUCUGAAAUUGAAUCAGGAAUGGUUUGGAUAAAUUCUUCAAAUGAUUCAGAUGUUCAUAUACCAUUUGGAGGGGUUAAGAUGUCAGGAGUUGGUAGAGAAUUGGGUGAAUAUGGGUUAACUAUGUAUACCCAACCAAAAGCUGUACAUGUUAACAUGGGAACCAAAUUGUAA